AUGAGACUGGAGGGUUUACAAAAUGUUUCUCGGACCAUAACCCCUUUAUGCUUUGAUGCUUGGUUUCUGAACCUGGAAUUCGAAAAAUUCCUUUGCAAGGAAUGGAAAGAUCUUCCUGACCUUUAUUCAAGCACUAAGUUGAAAGCAUUAAAAGGUCUCGUGAAGAGUUGGAGCAAGGAAAACUUUGGACUCAUGGAUUAUAAAAUUAGUAACCUUGAGAAUGUAAUUCAUGAUUUACAGAAAAUUGGGGAGGAAAGAAGUCUAGAUGUUUUGGAGAUGGCUAGAUUGUGUGCUGCACAAAAUCAUUUGCAAUCUUGGCUUUUGAGAAGGGAAAGAAUUUGGAGACAGAAAGCUCACACUUAUGGGUUUAGUAUGAAAGAUCAUAAUACUAAAUUCUUCCAUACUUCUACUGUGUUUAAAACAAAGAAGAAUGAAAUUGUUCAGCUUAAAAUCGAUGGGAGAACAGUCCAUGGUGUUUCAAACCUCAAAAAUGAGAUAUGGUGCUAUUUUGUUGAAAGAUUUACACAAGAUCAUAUUCUUGCUUUGGAUUUUGAUAUGGGAAAUCAUCCUAAAAUUACUGAUGAUCAGGUUAGAUUUUUGGAAUCUAGACCAUCCUUGAAUGAAGUAAAGAAUGCAGUCUAG